AUGGCAACCCGUUCCCGGCCACCCUCUCGAGCCCGCUCCCCUGUUGAUCAAGGACAGCUGGAACCCCUUUUUCCGCCAGCCUCCCCUGAGCUUGGCAAAGUAUCUCUCAAGCGGGUCAUCCGCCUCCUCUGGGGACUCCAAUCCCAGGUCAACCGUAUUGAGCGGACCCUCUUGGAACAAGCCAAAAACGUCUUGCAAACAGUCAAUACUGUCAAGGAUGGGCUUGCCCGGCUCCAGCACGCCCGGGGUCCCCACACCCCAGAAGAACAAAAACCCCCUGCGGUCAAGGAAACUCCCAGGGCUGCGCCCAAAGCCAAGCCUAUUGGCAAGGCUCAACCAUUCCUUGGGGCCCCAGCCCCCAUCAUCUCCACAGGGGCCCCCAGGCGCAACCCCCUUUCCCUAUUCAACCCUUACCCCUUCUCUUCCUUCCCUUUGGGACCAGCUCCAGUCCCCCAAGGACCUCCACCAGCGCCUGUCAUCACCCCGGCGCAGCCUCCAACCCCCUCCACUGUAAAAGUGGACCACCCAGACGCCUUCAAAGGCAAAAUUGGCUUGGAGGCCAAACAAUGGCUAACCCGCAUGUUGGCCUGGGUUUGCCUCAACCAAAGGCAGUUCCCCUUGGACAUGGAGGUCCUGAGCUUCCUGUUGAUGAACAUGACGGAAGCAGCUGGGGCCUGGGCCCACCCUCACCUGGACCAACUAGGGUCCCACCGCGCGCUCAUCCACACCGUGGAUGAGUUCAAAAUUGAAUUCCUGGCCGCCUUUGGCGACCCAGAUGCAACCAGGGCAGCGGAGUGGAAAAUUACUUCCCUCACUCAGACCAGCACGUGUGCCAAAUACAUUACUAAAUUCCGCAUGCUGCAAAUGGAACUUGAUUGGAAUGAUGCUGCACUUUGCGGCCAAUUCGCGUGUGGGCUCCAUUGGGAGGUCCAAAAACAGAUUGCCACAAGGGAGAGGCAGCCACGUACUCUGAGGGAGCUGCAGGACGCCGCCCUCAUCAUUGACAACGCCCUCUGCGAGGAGCAAGCCAGCCACCCGCAACAGGGUAGUAAGCCUGGUAAAACCUCUUCCACCCCCAAUUGGGGGGCAAGUACCGGCCAACAGGCCACAAAAACCGGUCCCCUCUCCUCCAAUCCCAACUACGUCUCAGAGGAAGAACGCAACCGCCGCCGCACAGAAGGCCUCUGUGUCAAAUGCGGUAAGCCAGGACAUAAGUUUGCCAAAUGCAGAACUGGCUGGAAGGCUACCCCCAAGGAGGAUAAGGGGAAAGCCAAGGAAACUGCCAAGAUUGGCAAAGACUCCAAGUACCAAUUGGGAAAAGAGUAA